UCAUUGCGCAUGUUUCCACAUUUGUUGACAACGUAGCAAUUAAGUGUCUCUCGUGUAAAGUUCGCAGUGUGAAGCCGUUUCAUAUCGAGUUUAAGAAAACACGUCAAGAUGAGUAUGACACCAGAGGAAAAAGAUCAUGAACUCUAUGACAAUGCAGAGAUGACAAAUGAGAACCUGUACAAUUCGACAACUGCUUCUCCUGAUUCCGGUGUACAUCCGAACAUAACGGACCCCGUAGAACAUGCAAGGCAGCAGGAGGAAUGGAGGCAAGAGCUGAUCAAGGUGGAUGAUGAAAUACAGACUCUGCGGCAGGUCCUCUCAGCCAAGGUACGGCGCUCACAGGAGCUAAAGCAGAAGUUAGGCAUAACACCACUCCAGGAGUGGCAACAUGACAUCCAGAGUGGCCUAAAGACCGUCACUGAAUCAGACGUAUACCAGAAAACCAGCCAUGGACUGAAAGUUGCAGGUGAAAAAACCACAGAGGCACUGUCUUCCAUAGGUACAAGUGUCAGCAAAAAGAUGGUUGAUCUCAGAAGUACAACAGCAUUCAAGUCGUUUGAGGAGAAGAUGGAGUCAGCUUACACUCAAGUGAAGGGCGGCAGCAGAAGGACCUCAUGGGGCAGGCGAUACUCGUGGGCGUCUCGUUUCCAGACAAAGGUUACAGGCACCGGUGAGCAGGGUGGUGACGAUACGCAUCUGCUGACCCCUGAGGUGACGGUGAAGUCACAGUCGGCUCCGACGACCCCAUCGACAGACGAAAAGAUGGAACUGAAAUAGAAGGUUGGCGUGGCGGUCUUCGAACAGCUUUCGCGUCGAUGAUCGUGGAUGUUCCGGCAACCCUCUAGCAUUCAAGGGCACAAUACGUUCGCUGCGGUCACCGCGUUGACUUACGUACGUGGGUACCGCUGCCGUUAUGCGCCGUUUGUAAGAGCCUUGAGGUUUAGGAAUAGUCAUGAUAUGAUAUACGGUUAUAUAUAUAUAUAUGCUCACCGGUGGCUUUAAAUUCCAUGUGGUGGCGGUAUGGAAGUUGACUAAAGCUUUCAAGAAUUAUUACAUUAUUGCCCUGCAAUGUACUAUGUGGCAUCAAUUCUGCAUCUGACACAGCUACCUUGUUGCACCCGUGCCUACCUAGCAGCAUGGCAGAUAUGCUUCCGAUAAAUAGCAAUUGCUUGUGAUUGAUAUCGAUGUUGAUAAUGAUUAAUAUGCCAUGAAGAAGAUAGGUUCCAAGUAAGGGUAGAAGCGUAGGUUCAAAGUAACUUACAUUUAGCCUUUGGAUCUAUUUAUUGGAAAGAGUGGACUCAUGCACCCACAGUAAGCAGUCUUGUACCAAAUUUUAUUUUUGCGCAUUGUAACUAGCUAUCCGUGGCGUAGUAUGGUAAACUAUUGCCUUUAAAAUGUUGUAUCCAUAUAUCUGGCUAAAAUCAAUAUCAAACCAUACAGUAAACAAUAUAUACCGGGAAUUGAAAACUCAUUGGUUAGCUAGGUACUUUGUAUUACAGUGACUGUGAGAUAACGUGCGUAUCAUCUUCUGACCACGACAUGAUAUAGCUGUGGCAUAUCAAAUCAUUUUAGCAAUAGCAGUUAGUCAAGUGCAGUAAUUAGUAAGAGAGUGUUGGGAGUGCAUGAGUUCAACUCCCUCCCUAGAAGGGUCAGUGUAGUUACAGCAUUGUUUGAAUGCUGGAACAUAUUUGUCUGUUUUUUCGUCAUUUCUCUUUUGUUUCAACUAGGGCCUGGUAAUGAAUUUUUGUUAUAUUUAUGAGUGUUAUAAGAUUAUAAUGGUUAAAGAAAAAUGUGUGUAUUAUUAAUGUAGAUGUGUCAGUGUUUGAGGUGCUAUUCAUCCCUGAUAUGUACCCCAAAUAAUUGUCAUUGAUAAGAAUGCUAAAUGAUAAAAUUUAUACAUAUAUGAGACACGUGCACACUGCUGCGAGGGAUUCUUGCAAACGAUUGACCAGAGUAUGACACUUUCCUGCUAUUGCAAACGUGCAAUGCUUUUUUGAUGCAUGCACAUGCACACACUCGCACAUGCAUAGACAUGCACAACCACACGCAGACACACGCACAGGCACACACACAUACAUACCCCCCCACACACACAAACACGCACAACUACGAAUACAUAUGUACUGUGUACGGUUCCAUUGAAAACAAUUAAAGGUCGCCUGAAUUUAUUAUUUUAUGUUACAGACAACGUCAUUAUUUCUGUCGUUUUUUACGUCGAAUUUUUACGUCGUUAUUGAUGAAAACCCAUUCAGUGUAUUCACAGGAGUAGGCCUAUAGCUUGUAGUCUAGCCAUCCAUUGCGAUUUCGGGAAUACCUAUACUAAUUAGUAGUAGCAGUAUCAAUAACUAGGAAAUCACUAGGGUGUGUAAAAUUUAAUCCUGAAUAGUUUCCGGUGUUAAUGCAGUAUAGGCAAUUAGUUCAAACAAUUUGGAAUUAUGGUUUAGACACUAUAGGAACUUUUCUUCAGUAUCAUUGUGAAUAAUCUGGUAGCAGUAUAUCAAAUUAUGAACCCAUAGACCAUUAUCUAACAGACAUUUGUCUAUUAAAUUUUAAGCUAUAACAUUUAGGCUGCAUUUUAUCAGAGCAAUUGGUUUCAUCAAUGCAUUAAUAGUAACAAUAAACUAUUUUAUUGUAA